UCCCGCUCCGCUGGGGACACUCCGGUCCCAGAGGCCUGGCCCUGCUGCGGUCACUGGGCAGCUCCUCUGAGCCUCCUGACAUGAAGUGGCUUUGGGUGGUGGCUUUUGUGGCACCUGCCUGCACCGUCCCCUACAACGGCACUGGGGACAGGGACGAUGGGGACAGAGCCCGCUGUGUCCCCCAGCACAGCCCCCUGGGCACCGAGGUGCUGCUGCAGUGCCCGGGGGGUCCGGCCGAGUGGCGCCAGGGGGACACCGUCCUGGGCACGUCCCCUGCCCCGGGACUGGCCCUGCCCAACACCAGCCUGGCCCACGAGGGCAACUACAGCUGCCACCACCCCGGCACCGGCGAGACCUGGGCCACCAUCUGCCUGCACCUGGGCUACCCCCCCUCUCCACCCGCCAUCGAGUGCUGGGCCACCAGUUACCCGCAGGCUGUGAACUGCUCCUGGGCUCUGACCCCCGACCCGCUGCUGGACACCGACUUCGUGGCCACGUACAGGCACGGCACAGACACGGGUGAGUGCGAGCGCACGGGGCCACGGAGCUGCUCCUUUGGGGACCUGCAGGUGUUUUCCCUCACCCCCUACGUGGUGAACGUGACUGCUGUGAACCCCCUGGGCACUGCCUCUGGAAUCCUGCCCUUCCUCCUGGAGAACAUCAUAAAACCAGACCCCCCUGAGGACCUGAGGGUCUCCCCCAUCCCUGGGGAGACCACGAAGCUGCUGCUGGAGUGGAGCCCUCCGGCAUCCUGGCCCUUCCCAGAGUACUUCCCACUGAAGUAUCACCUCCGCUACGCCCGGGACAACGAUUCUGUCCCCACCACGAUCGGGCCAUUCGAGCUGACAUCCCACAUCCUGACCGACGUGGAACCCGGGACCCUCCACCACAUCCAGGUGGCCGCCAAGGAGGUGGCGGAUUUUGGGGAGUCCAGCGCCUGGAGCCCACCGGCCUCGGGGACGCCUUGGAAGGGGCUGUGAUGGGCAGGGCAGGGCCACUGUCCCCUGUCCCACCGAGGGACCUCAGGAACGGGGGCAGGAACGGGCAAUAAACCGGCAGCAGGC